AUGACUAGUUACGAAAAUGGUUUGGAAGCUGAACAAGAAGAUACAAAAUCCUUAUCUUCUGAACAUGAAGUAGACCCUGCUGGGGCAACACGUUUGGAAGAGACAAAUGAUGAAGAUGUACCAGAAGACAAUGUUGAAUGUGGCAUUACUGAAGAAUGGACCGAACUUGAUAUUGCGCAAUGGAGGAGCUUGCUUCAAUUUUUGGAUAUUGACAAAGAACCAGAACAUAUUCAGUUUUCGGACUUCGAAGGGAAGGAGUUUGUAAGUAUUGAACAAGCAGAAUCUUUUUAUUUUUUGUAUGCGAAAAUGAUGGGGUGUAGUGUUAGAAAAAAACUGAAGAGGGAGGACAAAAAAUGUAUUUUACACAUUAGAAGUUGGGUGUGUUCAAACGAAGGUUUUAGAGAACAAAAAUAUUGUAAUCUUGAUAAUAGGUGUAAAGAAGCUCGUGCUCUAACAAGAACAGGUUGUAAUGCAAAGUUUAGAAUAAAUUUAAAUAAGGAAACUAACCACUGGAUUACUAAGUGUUUUAAUAACCACCACAACCAUAAGUUUGCCUUCUUUCGUGAAAAACCAUUUCUUAGAUCUCAUAUAAUAUUUAGGGACGAGAUGAGGGAACAAGUUAUGUCAAUGAAGAGAGCCGGAAUUAAGACAUUCCAAAUUUGGAAUUACAUGGUAGAAGUUCAUGAUGGUUGGGAAAAUGUGGGAUGUAUCAAAGAUGACUUGUACAAGGGAAUAUGUAAAAAAUAUUCAACUUGGGAUGAUUGUGACACGUCCACAGCAAUGGGUUAUCUCGAAGCAAAAAAAGGGCCGGACAACAUGUUUUUCUACAAGUAUGAUGUAGAUAAAGAAAAUAGAUUGAAAAAUUUAUUCUGGUCUGACGGGACUUCCCAGGUUGAUUACCAAUUAUUAUGA